AUGUACCUUCAAAGUCACCUCCUCCUCCCUCUCCUCUCCCUCCCCCUCAUCUCCUCCGCAUCUCCUCUCCGCACCCAUGGAACCGAACUCACCCCCCUCCCCCUGAUCAUCUGGCACGGCCUAGGCGAUGACUUCCAACGCGACGGCAUGAAGGAGGUCGCCGCGCUCGCCGACCAAGCCAACCCAGGCACCUACAUCCACCUCAUCCACGUCGGCGACACCGCCGCCGCCGACCGCCAGGCCUCCUUCCUCGGCAACGUCACUGAGCAGAUCGACCUCGUCUGCGCCCAGCUCGCCGCGGACCCGAUCCUCAGCACCGCACCCGCCGUCAACGCCCUCGGCUUCUCGCAGGGCGGCCAGUUCCUGCGCGGCUACGUCGAGCGCUGCAACGCGCCCCCGGUCCACAACCUCGUCACCUUCGGCAGCCAGCACAACGGCAUCGCCGAGUUCCAGGCCUGCGGCGCCACCGACUGGGUGUGCCGCGGUGCCGAGGCCCUGCUGCGCGCCGGCCGCUGGUCCGCCUUCGUGCAGGCCCGCCUCGUCCCCGCCCAGUACUUCCGCGACCCCGCCGAGCUGGACGCCUACCUCGCCAACAGCAACUUCCUCGCCGACAUCAACAACGAGCGUCCGCUCAAGAAUACCGCCUACCGUGCCAACCUCGCCCGUCUCAACCGCUUCGCCAUGUACAUGUUCGAGGAUGAUACCAUGGUCAACCCCAAGGAGAGCGCCUGGUUCGCCGAGGUCAACGCCACCACCGGUGCGGUGACCCCGCUCCGCGAGCGGAGUCUGUACAAGGAGGACUGGCUGGGGCUGAAGGCGCUGGAUGAGCAGGGGAAGUUGGACUUUCGGACCGCCCCCGGUGGCCAUAUGCAGCUGUCGGAGAAGCUGCUGUCGAAGGUCUUCGAGGAGUAUUUCGGUCCGGUCGAGGUGGACGUUCCCAUGUCCGUUCUGACGAAGCAGUUGGGCCACUAA